GAUGUUUGUGACGGGCCAGCGCGCCAAAUAGUUCCUGUCGACAAAAGCUUCGCGGGAAUAACACUUUGCUUUCAUUAACAGACUGAUUGACACAGGCCUAAGCUGUACGCGUCGUGUGGACGCUGAAGAGGAACCAUUGCACCGCUUAUUUACGUGUUUCGCUGCUGUCAGGAUGGGUUUGCUCGACCAGUGCCAGGAGCUCUUCAAAUGCUCGGACCUGUACGGAGUUCUGGGGAUCAGCAAGGAGGCGACCGAGGCGGAGAUCCGGAGGAGCUACUACAAAGUGUCCCUGAAGGUCCACCCAGACCGGGCUCCCGACGAUCCUCUGGCUACAGAGAAAUUCCAGGUGUUGGGAAAGGUGUAUGUUGUGCUCAGCGAUAAGGAUCAGAGGGCGGUCUAUGAUGAGCAGGGGAUCGUGGACGAGGAGUCUGACGCCCUGAGUCAGGACCGAUGCUGGGACGACUACUGGAGGCUUCUCUUUCCAAAGAUCACAGUGCAGGACAUCCUCGAGUUUGAGAAGAAAUACAAGGGCUCGGAUGAAGAGCGGCAGGAUGUGAUCCAGCUUUACGUGCAGCACAAGGGAGACAUGGACGCCAUCAUGACCUCUGUUAUGUGCGCCACCCAAGAAGAAGAGCCCAGGCUGUGCAGCAUCAUUCAGGAAACCAUAGACAGCGGAGAAGUCACGGCCUUCCCGGCUUUCACUCAAGAGAGCCAGAGCAAAAAGAGGACCCGUCGGAAGAGGGCUGACAGGGAGCGACAGGAAGCGGAGGAAAUGCAGAAAGAGCUCGGCCUGGGUGAUGAUAAAGACAGUCUGGUGAUGAUGCUUCAGAAAAAACAGAAAUCAAGAGAGCAAAACUUCAACAGUUUCCUGUCAGACUUGGAGGCAAAGUACACCAAGAAAAGUACGAAAGGACGUAAAGGGAAAAAGUGAAAAGAUGAAAUAUCAUGUGGAUAUGGAAGUGUGUGUUCAACUCUGUUUUCAUCCUUCUAGACUUGUUCAGUUUUAAUGUGGCACUUGAAGAUCUGUAACCAGUUCUUGUCUUUUGUUGCCAAAAUGUUCUUGAGAUACAAAUAAAGUCGUAUUUAUCGAGU